AUGGACUUUAUAGAACAAGAGAAACUUCUGUGUAAAAAAAGGAAGCGUUUCUCAGCAAAAUGUCAUUUUCAAGAUAAAAUGUUGGCGAAUUUUCGUCCACCUGCAAAUGACUCAAGUGUAUUCGUGUUUACUGAAAUGGAAUUGCUCAAUUACUUCUUUAUAUCUGCAAGUACCUUAGUAGUUGCUGUAAUUCUAGUCAUAGUUUCAAUUUGGCGUAAGUUGUCCAAAUCAGUACCACGACCAAUUCUCAUUAAAGAGUACUGGGGUCCGGGAAAUCCAAAAGAUGACGACCAUACCAUCUUACCUUUCAAGAUUGACGUCUCCAAUGAAGAGCUGAACGAUUUACAGCAGAGACUUAGAAAUGUACGAAAGCUGACUCCUCCUCUUGAAGACAAUUUUCGGUAUGGUUUCAACACUGAGUAUCUGCAGAAGGGCGCGGCCAAGCCGGGCCUGGGCCCCGCGCAGAUGGGCGUUCUCUUCCGUGUGCUCAUGCAGCGCCUGGGCCACUUCACGUUCUAUGUGCACGGCAGCGACUGGGGGCACUGUUUUGGGAUUCCACACAAAUAUGGUGUAUUCAAGUUCAAUGUUAACCAGAUUCAAGAUGAUGCUGGGUAGCAUUUACCCGAAAUUUGUUGUUGAUUCAGAGCAUUGCAGUAAGGUUUAUCCAAUGAGAAAGCAUGUGGCUGAACUCUUGCAUGAAACUGGAUAUUUUCACUUACAUGCGACGAAACCAGACACCAUUGGUGUUGCCCUUCAAGAUUCUCCAAUAGGAUUAGCAGCAUAUAUACUUGAAAAGUUCUCCACUUGGACAAAUAAUGAGUGGCGAGAACUUUCUGAUGGUGGCCUUGAGAAAAAGUAUACGUUAACUAAUUUGUUGGAUAACGUUAUGAUAUACUGGAUUACUGGUGCAAUUACUACUUCAGUAAGACUUUACAGUGAAGCAUUCUCUAAAAAGAAUCCGGCUGCAAAACUCGACAGAUUCCCCUGUGUUGUGCCAACCGCAGUAUCUAACUUUCCGAAGGAGCUUGUCUAUGUUCCUGAAAUGCUGGCUCGAGACAAGUUUCCUAAUUUGGUACAAUUUACCCAUUUGCCAAGAGGAGGACACUUUCCAGCAUUUGAAGAACCACAAAUUCUUGCGGAUGAUAUGUGGGAUGCUUUUGAACAAAUUGAGAGAUAUAUCACUGAAAGGUACACACAAUACAGGUGAUAAGUCGAGUGAUCAAGUGGUAAAUUAAGUGAUAAACCAAGUGAACUAACUCAAGUGAUUACUCAACUUGGUAUUAAAAAAAUAUUGUGACUCUUGUCCUAACUAAGAUCAAUUUUAGUUAAAAUGUUGUCGGAAUAUUAUAAGAAAAUGAAUUUCUUGGUAGAAAUAUUCUGCGACCUAAUUACUCGUAUUUAAAGAGAUUUCAAAUGAAAACUGUGAAUGCAAUUGGGACCUUCUGAGGAUAAAUAAGGGCCAACGGACUCAAUUGCAUAUUAAAGGACAAAUAGAAUGCGUUUUGAAGCAUCCAUUUCAAAUUUUCUGUAGAUAUGGUUGUAAUUUAUCAUUAUUUUUAAAAAAACGUUUUUAAAAUAUUUAUUUCCUACUUGUUUAAUCGUACAAUUUUUAAGGGACUUAAAUUUUAUUGACAAUAAUUGUAUAACCAUUGUCUAAUUUACGAUCAUUAUGUAAUGAGGAAUGUAGUUCACGGGAUUUUGUCGGAGUGAGUAGAAACAUUUAAACCAUUAAUAUGCCGACGUUUUGGGAUUUUUAUUCCAUCCUAAGGGCUAGUGUAAAAGUAACAAGACAUUAACACAACAUUAAUAUGAAUCUACAACAUACAAAUUAAUAAUAUGCUUUGCAAAAGUGAUAAUGUGUAAGAUACAAACAAAUAUAAGAUGUUAGUAAGGUGGCACAUAUUGUAUCAUUUUUUCACAUCAUGUUAUUAAUUAGUGUAUUGUACAUUCAUAUUGAUCUUGUCUUCAUGCCUUCUUGUGCUUACUCUAGCCAUGAGUAUGAAAUAAAAAUAUUUCGAAACGUCGGCAAAAUAAUGGUUUACUUGUAUCUACUCACUCCGAUCAAAUCCCGUGAACUACGAUCUUCAAUAAUAAUUGUACAGGCAAUAUGUCAGCAUUUCAUCUACAGGUAAAUAAUAUUAUCAAUUUGUUUAUAUAAAAAAUACUUAAUUUAACUCUAUUUGAAUAAAUAGGGGACAAUAUAAAGAAAAGUGAAUUAAAAAUAGAGGAAAAUAAUUAUUUAAAAUAGAAAUAAUGAAAAAUGUUCUUAGAGAGACAAGAACGGAUUUCGGGGAUUCGGGGUAAAUGGAAAUAGUUACUUUUUAUAUUAUGUUCGUGAAGUUAUUGUUUCUUGCACGAUCGAGAAUGGAAUUUUUCGGGGUCGAUAUGUCUAGGAAAAAAACAUCAAUCGAGAUGGAGCAAAAAACAAAAACUUCACUCGCGUAAUAUAAACACCAUAUUUUGUACGAUCGUAUAAAAAUGCUUCUAUUACGAAUAAUUAUUUGUUUUAUCUCUACUACUCAUGAUUGGUUGGAAAGGAACCCCCUCCUUCGUUAAGGUUGCAUAACAAUAGACACUGGUUUCGCAUCUUUAGGUUGGGAAGAAUAAUUCAUACGAGUUCCUAUUGUAUAACUGGUCCAUCAAGGUUCUAAUUACUGAUUAAUAGCAAUGCUGUCAACCCCCAAGAGUUGUUCGAAUCUGCAAACUCUGCAGUAUUUAAUAUAUAAUCCAACCUUCUCAAGAUAUUUACAGAAAAAAAACUUACUAACAGUUGGGAAAUUGGUGUACAUCUAAGAGAGUUGCUACGAGUUUCAUAAUAUACUGUGUUAAUAGUUACGUACUAAUUAUGAGAUAAUAAUUCAUUAUAAUUUAACUGUUAUUGAGAAGAGUUUAAUUGUUGCAUUAAUUUAAGAGUGUAAUUAAAGUUGUUUUGCCAUUAAUGUAUGCUUGAAUUUUUGACUUCUCUUGUAAGCUACCUACCGUGCGUAAAAGUAUAUUUUACACAGUCACGUCAUUGUGAAAGAAAAAUAUUUUAUGCACGCUUUUCAGAUGUUUUAAUAGAUGCUUACUUCACGCACGAGUAGCAACACGUAGAAUCCCACAUUUUUAAACGAUCGUAGAAUAAUAACUGGGUUCUAAAGUAAAAUGUUAAUAAGCAGAUGUAGGUAAGUUGUUAUGAAUUUUUUAUGAUAUGAAAAAUAAAGGAUUGAAAAGAAUCGAUUAGAGGUUCUUUGUGUAUUUGCUUAUUUGACAUGAACCACUGUGCAAUUAAUAUUUCCCGAAG